GCUAAGUAACCAGGUUUUCAACUUUCUAGAAGGGUUCGUCUUUAGCUAACUUAGCUCAUAGAAGCUGACAACAUCAAGUACUUGUGACAAUAUUAUGUUUUUCGUCCGUCGACCUCCGAGUAGACAUUAGUUAGACGGUAACAUGUCCAACCGGGACCCUUUCCCCUCUCCGAAGCCUGAAAACGGCUUCACUCUUAGUGGCUUCAGACCGCAGCAGAGAAAACCAUAUGACAAACCCACUCACAUCGCACAAACAGAGGAACCCUGGAGUCACCUCCAUGAUAUGGCCACUUUGGCCAGCACCCGGCGGAGUGUAAUGCAUUAUGAGCAUCAGGCUCCAAAGGACAGCCUUGAUUUCCAACUUAAGUCUGUCUACGAUCACCACAAAGACAACUUCUGGACAAAGAACCAGAUUUCAUACCAGAAGGAGACCGCCUCUGAGGGCCACAGGACACAGGAAAAGUUAAGGCAGGAAACGGAAAAGGAACAAGAGAAAGACAUCAGAACGUGGGUCGAUCCACAGAGGCGCUCCAUUUACAGCAUGAAGUGAAGCACAGGUGAGGGCGUUUUAAGAUAAGGGCUACACGUGGAAGAAUGACUGCAGCAUCAAUUCAACACAGAGUUUGCCUCGCUACGAUCCCUAUUAAAUGCUAAUCAGCUCUGUUGAUCAGA